ACAUAUUGUAUCAAUGACCAUAAUCAACAUUUGCUCUGCAACCUUUGGGUCGAGUUGCAGUGUUUUCAGACGGAAUCUGAGCCACUUAUGGACCUUGAGUCUGGAGACGAACCGAAGUCAGACAGACUUAAGUUUCUCGCAGAGGGUCCAGUGUUGACUGAGACAGGAUCUUCACCGCAUUUGAUACAUUUUCUGGAUCAGGAAGACACACCUCUAUCAGAGCAACUGCAACCAUGGUGUCAAUCGAGAGUUUAACCACAUAUAUAUUCGAGGUAACCCUGCCACAUCUGGUCUUAACAUCUGCUUUACUUCUGGUCGCUCUCGCUGCCAUUCGCUGGUACAUCAGAGACUGCCAAAGGGUCAGGGGCCUCGGCCAGAAGCACGUGUUGAUCACAGGCUGUGACAGCGGCUUUGGGAAUCUGCUGGCCAGACAGCUGGACAGACAAGGUGUCCACGUGAUUGCAGCUUGUCUCACAGAGAAAGGUGCAGCCGAUUUGGCAGCGGCGGCCUCGUCCAGACUGAAGACCCUCCUGCUGGAGGUUACAGACAGUGAGAGCAUCAGGAGGGCGGUGGAGUUUGUGAGCAGAGAGGUCGGAGAGCGAGGUCUGUGGGGGCUGGUGAACAACGCCGGCAGGUCCAUACCCAUCGGUCCAGUAGAGUGGAUGGAUCUGCAGGACUUCACAAAGGUUUUGGAUGUGAAUCUGAUCGGAGUCAUCGAGGUGACGCUCCAGACUCUGCCGCUGCUGAAGAAGGCCCAGGGCAGGGUGGUGAACGUGUCCAGCAUUCUGGGCAGACUGUCUAUGAUUGGUGGAGGUUACUGCCUGUCCAAAUUUGGAGUGCAGGCCUUUUCUGACAGCCUCAGGAAGGAUAUGAAGGCCUUUGGUGUGAAAGUGAGCAUCAUCGAGCCUGGUUUCUUCAGAACAGCUGUGACCCGGCUGGAUCUCAUAGAGGCCGACCUGAGGAGGCUGUGGACUCGCCUCCCUCAAGAUGUUCAAGCCUCGUACGGACCCACGUACCUUGAAGACUAUGUGAAAGCCCAGAGCUUCUCCAUGGGUUUACUGUGCAGUCCAGACCUCUCCAAGGUGACCGGGUGCAUGGAGCACGCGCUGACGGCUCGAUUUCCUCGGGCCCGUUACAGCGCCGGCUGGGACGCCAAGCUCCUCUGGAUUCCUCUGUCCUAUCUGCCAUCAUUUGUUUCAGACUUUGUCAUCAACAUGCUUCUUCCUUCGCCCAAAGACACAAGAAACAUGUAGAGGACAAGCUGUAUAUUAAAACCACUGACCCGUGGUACCCACAGAUUUUGACCGUGAGUGGUGUAAAUGUAUGAAAACAUGAGAAUAAAGACAUCCAGACUUUGCUACAAAAUAGCAAAUUUAUUCA